ACUCAAGUUGGGGAGUUCGCCAUGUCUGGACGCGGCAAGCAGGGCGGCAAGGCGCGCGCCAAGGCCAAGACGCGCUCGUCGCGGGCCGGGCUGCAGUUCCCCGUGGGCCGCGUGCACCGGCUGCUGCGCAAGGGCAACUACGCCGAGCGCGUGGGCGCCGGCGCGCCCGUGUACCUGGCGGCCGUGCUCGAGUACCUGACGGCCGAGAUCCUGGAGCUGGCGGGCAACGCGGCGCGCGACAACAAGAAGACGCGCAUCAUCCCGCGCCACCUGCAGCUGGCCAUCCGCAACGACGAGGAGCUCAACAAGCUGCUGGGCAAGGUCACCAUCGCGCAGGGCGGCGUGCUGCCCAACAUCCAGGCCGUGCUGCUGCCCAAGAAGACCGAGAGCCACCACAAGGCCAAGGGCAAGUGAGCGCGCGCCGCCCGGCCCGGCCCGCGCCCGCACCAAAGGCUCUUUUCAGAGCCACCACGGCGUCCACGAAAGGACUGUGCACCCUAAACGUGACGUGGAAGCGCCUGAGUCCCGUCCCGCCACGUGGAAUGUCCGGUUCCUGUGAUCAAGCCUGGGUGAAAGGGACUAAAUUCGCACUCAGCACUGCGGCCUAGUCGCUGCCUAGUGUCCAUUUGCAUUCAGCUCCACCGAGCAUCUCGGUUUUGCGGCUCCUUCAAGACUCUGAAAUUCAGUCCCCCCCCACCCCGCCCCGAAAAGCUAAAGCUACGCUGACUUCUGGAGAAUGCCAGUUACCUGUCGUCACCUAGUGCGCCGCUCAAGUGGCGUAAUUCAAGAAAACUUUUUAAAAACUGAACGUGGGCCGUUGCUGUGACGAAACGAGCAAAGCCGCCUGCAGUGCCGACAUGCCAUGUGGGCACCGGGUUGAGCACCGGCUGCUCCACUAACGAUCCAGCUCCCUGCUAUGGCCUGGGAAAGCAGCAGAAGAUGGCCCAAGUCCUUGGCCUCCUGCACUCACCUAGGAGAUCGGGAGGAAGCUCCUGGCUCGAAUCAGCGCAGCUCCGGCCGUUGUGGCCAUCUGGGUAGUGAACCAGCGGAUGGAAGACCUCUGUCUCUUCCUCGACCUCUCUGUAAAUAAUUAAAUAAUAAAAUCUUUUAAAAAUAA